CUUUAACCCCCACAACUGUUUGUUGAUAUCGGUGCCGUGAAUCAUCUCCUCUUCUUGCUGGAUUUGCUUCGCACACGUAAUCUCUCUCCCUCUCCCUCUCUUGCUGUAUCCAGACUUCAACCGCUCCCGCAAGCAUCGCUCUGCUUGUGGAUCUCGGUCCGACCUAAGGCUCGUGCUCACCCGCAUCCGCAGCGGCUAUAGUCCAGUCUUGGUGACAGGGGCGACAGGGCUACCCUGAAGACGAUGCAGACUGUUCACUGCUAAAACCAACUGCCAAAUUCUACCUACGCCCUAGUCGCUAUCUCCUCCACCUUCUCUAGGAUCUCAUUUUCUUGUAUAAUCCCUCGCCUGGGAACAUCGCCACCUCAGGAGCCAUCAACCAUAAGCCGAGAGCCACUACUGCCCAGUAUGACCGGACUUGAGAGCCAUGUCACGGUUCGGAAGCGGGCUUACUACUCGCCUCCCUGGGCCGACGUUAGCAUUAUUGGCGUCGCUGGCAGUUCUGGCUCGGGCAAGUCUACGCUGGCCCAGGCCAUCGUCAAGAAGCUGGACCUGCCUUGGGUCGUUAUUUUGUCAAUGGACUCUUUCUACAAGACGUUGACGCCCGACCAAUCUAAGCUUGCCUUUGCUAACGAGUAUGACUUUGACUCGCCAGAUGCUAUUGACUUUGACAUCUUGGUUGAGAGGCUGCGAGAUCUCAAGGCCGGAAAGCGGGCAGAUAUCCCCGUCUACUCAUUCGCUAAGCACCAGCGGAUGGAACAAACGACUUCUAUUUACUCGCCACAUGUGCUCGUCUUGGAGGGAAUUUUUGCCCUCUACGACCCUCGCGUACUGGAGUUGCUAGACAUGGGCAUUUACUGUGAGGCUGACGGAGACACUUGCUUGUCACGGAGAAUCGUUCGUGAUGUACGAGAGCGGGGUCGUGAUAUCGAAGGUGUCAUCAAGCAAUGGUUCGGGUUUGUGAAGCCUAAUUUUGAAAAGUUCGUUGAGCCUCAGCGAAAGGUGGCCGACCUCAUUGUGCCCAGAGGAAUCGAGAACCGCGUGGCCCUCGAUAUGAUGGUCCAAUUCAUUGAGAAAAAACUCUUUGAAAAAUCACGACACCAUCGAGAGGCCCUAUCCCAACUUGAGGCUACGUGUAAAGAGUCGCCACUUUCUGAUAGGGUUGUAGUUCUCGUCGAGACGCCUCAGCUCAAGUUUAUGAACACGAUCCUGCAGGACAUUGACACUUGUCCGGAAGAUUUUAUCUUUUACUUUGACCGGCUGGCUAGCCUCAUCAUAGAAUUGGCCCUCAACAAUGUCCAGUUCAAAGAGGCGAUCAUCGAGACCCCCACGGGACACAAGUACAGUGGUCUCGCACCCAAGGGCGAGGUUUGUGCGGUGCUUGUGCUUCGGGGUGGCUCGGCGUUUGAGCCGGCGUUGCGGAAGACGAUCCCGGACUGUCGGACGGGCCGGGUCCUGAUCCAGUCCGACUUUUCCACGGGGGAGCCGGAGUUGCACUACCUGCGGCUGCCGGAUGACAUCAAGAACCAGGAGAGCGUGCUGCUAAUCGAUACGCAAAUGGCGAGCGGAGGAGCCGCGUUGAUGGCGGUGCAAGUGCUUGUCGACCAUGGGGUCCCACAAGAGCGCAUCGUGUUAGCGACGUACUCGGCCGGCAAGAUUGGAUUGCACCGGCUCACAUCAGUGUUUCCGGAUAUCACAGUCGUGGUUUGCAAUAUGCUAGACACGCCAGAUGAGCGAUGGGUGGAGCAAAGAUAUUUCCGCUGCUGAUGAGUUUGUUGGAUCUAGACCUGGAUAUGGGCUGCAUAUUUGGUGCUUUGGUUGGUGCGGGCAUAUCGUUCUACGUCUGUCGAUCUUCCUGGUGCGACACCUUCAUAGAUGUUCGUCCUGGGGCAUACUUGCAUGAUAAAUCACAAUCAACCCGAUAGAAACGUAAA